CACAAAUGCAUUGGGUAUGGAAUCAGGUCUUAUCAAAGAUAAUCAAUUAUCAGCAAGUUCAAGCCAUGAUAAAGACACUACUGGACCACAAAAUUCGAGAAUACGGACAGAACGUGGAAGUGGUGCGUGGUGUCCACGUAAGCAAAUUAACUCUGAAGUAGUGGAAUGGUUACAAAUCGAUUUUGAUAUGGAUAUGGUGAUAACAGCUGUUGAAACACAAGGACGUUUUGAUAGCGGACGUGGAUUGGAAUAUGCUCCAGGCUAUAUGUUAGAGUAUUGGCGUGAAAGUCUCGGUACAUGGGCACGUUAUAAAGAUGGAAGGCAAAAUGAGGUUCUGGCUGGAAAUAGUGAUACACAAUCGGCAGUAUUUCAAGAACUGGAUGGUGGUAUUGUAGCACGAAAUCUACGCGUCAUACCUGUUUCGGAUGUGACACGUACUGUUUGUAUGCGUGUUGAACUUUAUGGAUGUUCUUACAAAGAUCAAAUUCUAUCCUACACAAUACCGGAAGGUGAUAUAAUAGAUGGUUUAAAUUUGAAAGAUAUUUCAUAUGACGGAAUUACAAAUUCAUCCGGAUAUUUAAUCAAUGGCCUUGGCAAAUUAUAUGAUGGCGCUAUUGGUGUGGAUAAUUUCGAGAAAUAUCCUGAACAAUGGAUUGGUUGGAGUAAGGAAAAACAUGGUGCAACCAUUACGAUUGAAAUAUUAUUUGUAAAAAAGAAAAUUAUCAAUGCUAUUUUAUUUCAUGCAUCAAAUUUCUUGAAAAGUGGUGCCCAGGUAUUUAAACGAGCACAUAUAUGGUUCUCAUCACAAGGUGAUGGUCAAUAUUCACCGAGAACUUUGUAUUUUAAUUAUGUUCCUGAUAAAAAUUUCCAAUCAGCCAGAUGGGUUCGAAUACCGGUGCCAAGUCGAAUUGCUAAGGAACUACGAGUCGAAUUAACUUUGUCAGAAAAUAGCAAUUGGUUAUUGCUGAGUGAGAUUAAAUUCGAAUUUAAAAAUGGAAUGCUUGAGUCGGAUGAUUUGGACGAUGAGGAAUUUGACUUGGAUCAUUUAUCAAAUAGAGGUGAUACACUAACUUAUUUUGCUAUCAAUGAUAUGUCAGAAGAUAGUGCACGAUGGAUAUCAUUUGCUGUAAUAACAUCACUCCUUUUCUUAUUUUGUGCUCUCAUUGUUCUCUUCUAUUUGUUAUGGAUUUAUCGUCGUACAUUUCCACGAAAAGGACCAUUUGUAGUGUUGAAAAAAAAUUCGAAAGAUUUACGGAUGACAAUUGGAGGACGAACAGCUAAACGUACAUCUCCAAAUGCUUAUCGUAUGACUAAUGACAACAUGCAGAAUUCGUUACUGGAAAAACUUCAUGCCAAUCAGUCUUCUGGUGGUGAAUAUGCUGAACCGUACUAUGUCAGCAAUGAUAUGGAAAUUACCGGAAUUAACAGUAAAACCGUAUGCAAUCCCACAAAAUCUCUUCCCAAUUCGACAGUUCAUUAUGCUUCAAGUGAUGUUUGUAUGCGACAUCCACGACAAUUAGGAUAUAUGUUAAUGGAGAACUUAGUGUCAUCUAAAAUAGCGAACGAUUAUGAUAAAGUUCAUGAUACAAAUAGAUCAACAAAUUUCGUCGAAAUUGAUCCACAAUGUUUACGAUUCCAUGAACAUUUGGGCAAUAACCGAUUUGGUGAGAUUUGGUUGUGCAAGUUGGAACAACGUACAAUGGUCAAUAAAACAUUCCAUCGAAGUCAUGAUGAUCGAAGAGAAUUUGAAGUUAUAGUGGGCGAAUUAAGUACUUUACGACAUCAAAAUAUACUGGAAGUGAUUGGUAUCUGCUGUAAUGGAGUAUUAACAAGCUGUAUCCAUGAACACAUCGAGCAAUAUCUUGGUCAAUAUCUUCAAAGCUUGAACAAUGAGAUACCAUACAGGUGAAAUGAACGACAAACUUAUCGAGAUCUUCAAACGUUUACAAUGAACAAUGUGGAAA